GUGCUUGGGGGCCUAGUUGAUGGGAGAGCCCUUUGGUGUGUAGCUCUCACACACACUUCGUGUUGUCAGGUUUUUAGUUUUGGAAAUUCAACGCCUGUUGCUAAAGAAUUCUUGAGACUUGCUGUUCGAGCACAGUGCUGGUUUUCUGUGUAGCUCACCAUUGCUCCAACACGGAAAUGCCCACGCCAUUGAUUCUCUUUCUUUCCUAGGUGGCGCACAUGACAAAGAGUGAAAUGCAUUUGCACGACACAGCCUUCAUAGGCCCAGCACUUCUGUUUCUGGAUCAGUAUUUCAACAGCUUUAUCGAUGAAUAUAUUGUGCUUUGGAUUGCCCUGGUCUUCUCUUUCUUUGAUUUGAUUCGCUACUGUGUCAGCGUCUGCAAUCAGAUCGCAUCUCACCUGCACAUACACGUCUUCAGAAUCAAGCUUUCUUUGCAAAGGAGCUCAGCUCAGGAGCAGAUGUACCCCACUGGCGUGUGAGGGGGAGCUAGUGACCAACACCCGGAAUUCGGAGGGGAAGGUUUCCUAUCUUGACAUCGCUGAGGAAGUCAUUUUUUUAUUGCUCAAGAAAUGGAGUGUCUCGUGGGCUGGGACCCUGUCAGCAUGCGGAAUAAUGUACCUUUGUCGAUUCA